UUGAGUAGGUUGUUCCUUCAGCAAAUGGUCUUUUUUAUGAGCCUUUAUACUCCAGUUAACAAUUAAUCAAUUACAAAACUAGCUGACAAUUAUCUCAAUAAUUGAUUCAUCAUGAUUAAUCCGAUUUAUUUAUUUAAUUCUGACUGCUGUUUUCAUUGUGAACUCUCUGGUCCUCAUUCCUGCGCCUCUCCUUGACUCGCUGCAGGAAGCCCACGCCAUGCAGGAGAAAAUCUCGGCUCAGUACAGGAACGAGAUCGACAUGGCCAAGGCCCAACGAGACUACGAGCUGAAGAAGGCGGCCUACGACAUCGAAGUGAACACCAAAAAGGCGGAGUCAGAGAUGGCUUUUCAGCUGCAGGUUGCGAAGACGAAGCAGCGCAUUGAGGAGGAGAAGAUGCAAGUCCAAGUGGUGGAGCGCGCGCAGCAGAUCAUGCUGCAGGAGCAGGAGAUCACCCGCAGGGAGAAGGAGCUGGAGGCCAAGGUGAAGAAACCUGCCGAGGCCGAGCGGUACCGCCUGGAGAAACUGGCUGAGGCUCAGCGAAUGAAGAUGAUCAUGGAGGCAGAGGCUGAAGCUGAGUCUAUUAGGGUUAAAGGUGAGGCUGAGGCGUUUGCGGUCGAGGCGAAAGGUCGCGCUGAGGCGGAGCAGAUGGCGAAGAAGGCCGAAGCCUUCCGGGAGUAUAAGGAUGGAGCCAUGGUGGACAUGCUGCUGGAGAAACUGCCUCUGAUGGCAGAAGAGAUCAGCAGGCCUCUCUGUGAAGCCAACAAAGUGACCAUGGUGUCCAGUGGAGGAGGAGAUGUAGGUGCAGCCAAGCUGGCAGGGGAGGUUCUGGAAAUCAUGACCCGCCUCCCUGAAGCCGUGGAGAAGCUGACCGGAGUCAACAUCUCUCAGGUUUCUUCUCGAACAGGCUGAAGGGAAUCAGACCAAGAAGCUUCUUGGUAGAUCCGUGCUCCGUCGGGCGUGAUUCCUCCAUCGUAACGCCUGCGUCCUCACCUCUCACCUUCUGUGUCGCUGUGUCACUCCACUGGUUAGUUAUUGAUGUUGUUCGUUAUCUGAGUUAAAUAUUUAAUAAAUAUUAAUUUAUUUUGUGUUUUUAAAAAAUGUUUUCAUAAGUUUAAAACUGUCAAAUUGUUUCACAUAUGCAGUAAAGCAAAUUUUUAAAAUGACUUAUUUUGGCAUUGGCAAUGUUCAAAAUGACUAAAACAAAUUAUUUGCUAGUUUAUCCGAUCGGCUUUAAUCCCAGGAUGAUUUAUUGUUCAAAAUUAAGUGUCCUAGAAAAGGAAAAACUUUCAUCUGAAAAUGUUUAGAUAUUGGACUGAAAAUGAAUGUUAGAGUCUGUUUAAAACCCACAGAAAUGAAAGGUGACUCAAACUUUUGCGCGGAAUAGUUUUACCGCUUUAAUUUCACAGGAAUAAUUUUACUGUAUUUCUUACUAUAUAU